UAAUCUAGUGCUUCUAGGAUCUGCCAGCGGUUAUCACCCGCUUACAUUUGGAUUCCUUGUCGACUGUAUCAUUCGUCGAGUAGACAAGAAAGGGCGAGACUUGAAAACUUUCUUUUUGGAGGAAAUCGCUCGACCGAAUGGUAAACUUAUAAUUUCAACUGAUAUAUGUGGCAAUGUAACCUCUUAA